CGCAGUCAGCUGCCCGUAUUCAGAGAUGAACUUGAACAAAGAAAGCCUCUUACCCGACCGGCUCAGUGGGGAGAUGCCUGCAGCCAGUCCUGUCCCCAGAAACAGAAAAGUGGAAGCAAGUGAAAGAUCCAUCUCUCCUGUAAUCAAUGAAAGAAAAUGCCCCAGCCCUGGUCAUGUAGGUAUGAAAUCUUCAGCUCACAAUCAAACAUCUGGGAAAACUCUACCAGAAACAGUGAAGCAGGAAGAUGCAGAAAGUAAAUCUCCUUGCAAGAAACCCCUGUUAUGUGAUGUGAAAGAAAAGAAGGCACCUGGAUUUAAUUCUUGUCUGUUGCUUCCUGUUGUUGAAGAUGCUGAAGAACCCAACACGCAGAGGCUUCUUUCUCAGCCAGUUAUUGUGUCUUCCAAGCUUCAAAUCCCUGGCCUGCCCUUGCGCUGGGAACAGCAGAGCAAGCUCCUUCCAAGUGUAGCUGGGAUCCCAGCCAGUAAAGUUUCUAAGUGGAGUACAGAUGAGGUCUCUGAAUUUAUACGAAGUUUACCAGGAUGUGAAGAACAUGGCAAGGUGUUUAAAGAUGAGCAAAUCGAUGGAGAAGCAUUUCUGCUAAUGACCCAAUCAGACAUAGUCAAAAUAAUGAGCAUUAAACUGGGACCAGCCCUAAAAAUCUUUAAUUCCAUUCUGAUGUUCAAAGCUGCGGAGAAAAAUUCACACAACGAACUUUGAAGAUAAUGGAAACUGAGUAGGAGCCAGCUUUCUCCACUGGAGCUCAUGUUUUAUUCAAAGCACAAAGACUCGCUACAACUGUUGAGUAAGGACUCUCAGAAAGGAAGAAACAUACGUUCGGCACUGGUGGGCUGUUUAUAUUCUCCUAGAGCCAGUACACAUCUGAAUCCUUCUGGGAAGUGUUGAAGCUUUUGAGAAGGUAACAACCGAGUCAGCCAGUCUCAUUUACCAAACUAAUGGCGCUAAUUCUCCGUGGAUGGUUAGGAUCCCUAACUGCCUCUGGACAUCAAGGAAACCUUCAUUAAUUAUUUAUGCUGUAUUAUAUAAGGGAACGUUAAUAUUUUCUAAGGAUUCUUGAAUUCUACUUCAUGUACCCAUUUUACUUUUCAGAAGCUUUUACUUCAUACUGUCAAAAUAAAAAUGCAUUAGCCAAAAAUUAGGCUACAGGUAGCCAGAUGAGACUGUUAUGGCUAAUACAUAUUUGUGCCGUAGUUUAAAAAUGAAACACUUAAUGUUACAUAUGUGACACUUUAUGCUACAGCAUAUAACUUUACAGAUUAUAAAACUGUCUGUUUGCUUGUAACAAAA